AUGGAUCAUGAUCAACGAACGCUGUUCUACUUCAACCCCAGACCAUGAAGAUGGGCUAAAGCUGAGAGAAACUGCCACUCAAUGAGGGGACACCUGGCGUCCGUGCACAACUCGAUGGAGUUAUUUGAGAUCGAGAAGAUCACCAUAAUCACCACUUAUCAGAUGCCGCUAGCGUGGAUCGGAGGCUCUGAAUUACAGAAGGUGAGCGCCUGGUCCUGGACUGAUGGGACUCCUUUCAGCUACACAAACUGGUGUGAUGGAGAGCCCAAUAAGACAGGCGUGGAGAGAUGCGUACAGAUGAAUCACUCAGCGGAGAAGUGCUGGGAUAACGUGAAGUGUUUCGUGAAGUUGCCGUCCGUCUGUGUCAAGGGAUCCUGAAGGAGUCUGACGCUCACAGUGGCAUACAGUCCACCUUAAACCUUGUGUGUUUGUGUGCAUGCUUUUAAAUACAUCUGUCUUCACGCCAUCAGUGUCACUUAUGUUCUGAUGGUUCUGAUUAAUAAUCUUUCCUAUCGCUGUAACGCUGAGGAAUGAAGCGACAAGUGAAUUAAACAGUGGCUGCCUCUCAUGAGAGCAGACUGAAGGAGUUUGGAAAGGAAAAGGCUUUUAGCACAACCUUAUAUAUUUAAUAGAGACUCUUUUUUUCAUCUGUUCAAGAAUAAAAGGCUCAAGCAUUCAAACA